GCCGCCGAGCAGGCGGCCGCGCGGGGAGGGCGCGAAAAAGGGGGAGAGUGAUAAAAGCUAUUAGAAAAAAAAAGAGAGAGAGGGAGAGAGAGUUCGAGCGAAACAGGGCCGCGUCGCCCCUCCGGCGGCUCUGCGCGGAGCAAGCGGGGCGGAGGGGGGUUACCUCGCCGCGGAAGCGAGGCCCCGCCGCGCUGCUCGGGGCGCCGCCGAUGGAGCCGCCCGCGCUGAUGGUGCUCUACGGCGGCGGCUGCCUGGAGGCGCGCAGCGCCCGCGGCUCCCGCCUGCGGCUCUCGGCCUGCGGCUCCGAGUACCGGCUCGGGCGGGCGGCGGCGGCGGCGCGGCAGCGGGUGCCCUUCGCCGUGCGCGGCCGCAGGGAACAACUUCUACAAGCUCUAGAUUUCCGGAACAAGUUUUCCGCUCGCCCGUACUUACCUUCGAAUAUUAUACCCCCAGAAAGAAAAAAAAUUCUUCUCAGUGAUAUCUUUGAAGUUAGAUGGCCUGACCCUGCUACUACUGAUCUGACAACAUGCAUAAAUAAUAGCAAUGUGAAGAUCUCAUCAGUAGAUGGUUAUGCUCACCUUUACCUGUCAGAAUUGCAGCAAGAGUUUACGGUGGAGUUCUUAUGCAAAGUUAGUCAACCAUCUCCUGCAUCCUUACGCUCCUCUCAAAAGAGUAAUCAUCAAACCAAAAAUCAGUGUGGACAAUCAAGUAAAAAUGCUGUUCCAGAAAUGUCAUCAAGACAAGUGAGGACAGAGACUAAGGAGAGUGAACAUGGUUGUGCUGAAAGUAAAUACAGAGAACCAACCAAACCAAAGGACCAGAAAGACAGAGACGAAGUACCUUUGUUCUUCACAAGUUGUUCUUCUGAAUACACGUGGGUUACGCAGCAGUGGUCUGUUUCCUCAUACCCAGAAGAAUGGAAAUACCCUUUGUCAUUGGCGUUAAUGUUACUCACUCCUAACAGUGAAAUGGAAACUCAUGAGGAAAACAGCCAUACAUCUAUAGGAUCUGAUGUUUUAGAAGACUCUGAAACAUAUGAAAAAGUUUCUCGUUUGCCCACAGCUUUGCCACUCAGCUGCAGUGCACCACAUUUACACAGAUGGAGUUUCUGUGACUUCUUUCAACAGAAUAAUGAAGAGAGUGAAAAGCAUUCAUACCCUCAGCUAAUUCAAAUUGUGUGGUGCCAAGGUGUGUUUUACAGGUUUAUUCAUGGUAAUACCACCAUUGUAGAAAUUUAUCCUGAUGAUGGCACUUUUUUCAAGUCAGAAGGAACAUUUUUGGGAAAGUACUUCAAACACUAUACAAUUCAAAAAGGAACAAAAAAGAGAGAAGAAAAGAUGUAUUCAGUAAACAGUCUACCUCCUGAUGUACCAGGAAGUCCGUAUUCCAUAUCCUCCAUUAUUACUCAGGCAACCAAGAUGCUUCAGUACUGCUACAAGGCUAAACUUUCAUUAACACAUAACUAUAGUAUCUGCUGCUGGAAAACGAUACCCGAGACAGAUGGACGUGAAAUGUUGCCAUUUUUGCUGGCUGAAAAAUUUAUUCAUGGAAUAGGAAGACUUGUUGUAUACUCAGAUAAUAAAGUUCAUGCUAUGUUUUGGGAUGGGAUAACCUUGAGUAUGGUCUGGGAUUUCAACCCUGGCUGUAGAGGGAUCCAGGUAAAUGAAAAUGUAGGCUGGUGUAAGUUAACUACUCCUGAUGGGGUACAGCAGCUAAUCCAACUGAGUCAUCCUGGAAUCUAUGAAAGGUACAUCAGAACAGUAAUAGAAUGGUGCAGAAAUUUGAAUGACAGAGAGAAGGUUUCUGAAUAUACUACGUGCUCUGUAAAUGAAGAAAACUGGUCUGCUGAUGCUGAGCUUGAAAAAAUACAGAGAUUUAACUUUUUAUUGGAGAAUAGCAAUGUUCUGAAAAGAAUAUCUGCAGACAACAGUCUAUCUGGUAUUACUGGCAGAAAAACGGGGAACGUGAGCACGCCCAAAGAAAUCAGCAAAGAAUGCAUCUUGGAGGCGUUGGAAAAAACCUCUAAAGUAAUUCAAGAUAUUGAAUCUUUGCUUGCUUCCUCUAAGAAGUGAAGUUUCACAGCGUUUGAAGGCCUGUCUUAGUUAUCUUCAUAGGAGCUGUCCUGCAAACCUUAUGUGUAAUAAGAUUUUGGGGGUGUUAGAGGAAGGCAGGCUUCAAGCACUGGUAGUUGAGAGCCUUUUCAGACAAGCAAAAUGUAUCAUUCAUUGAUGUCGAUGUUGACAUGAUGGUGCAACUUCUGAAGUGUGUGUGUUUGUAUUUUGGUCGUUUAAUUUUACAGAGAGUUGUAUGAGCAGCUUCAUUUAGGACGACUCAAGUGCCUGGGGCAGCCUUUUAACUGUAAAAGUGUUUUUAUUUAGAAGCUUACAGCAUGUUUUUCACUACCCAAUAGAGCAAAAAGUCCCCCAAACUAAUUUUAGUUUACUGUUUGGUAAUAAAAUGUAUAUAUUUAUUUAAA